GGAUCCACUCAGACGCCUUAACCGCCAACCAGCAGGCUAAGGGAGGAAUAGAAUGAACAAUGUUUGGAUCCCAAUGACUGGAGAUGAAAGUUGCAAAAGCUCUGCCCAGGCUUCUACCAAGGAUUAACUUUCCAGCUCAUCUGCUGAACAGCUCUUCGGGGCUGUCUGCUGAGAUUGGCGGUGGGAGCCUUCCGCCUCUCACUCGUGCCUUUGUUCCCCAAGCCGGCCUAACCCCGCGCCUCUGCGCUCGCGGCCACGGCACCUGACCCACGCGCCGCCCGCCGGGGAUGCGGGAGCCGCCACUGCUGCCACUGCCACCGCUGCCGGGCCUGCUCCGCCAGGCACAUGCGCAGUGGCGACGCCGAGCCGGCGCCCUCAGUCUCCUCCUCCACCGCCUCCCGGUUCCGCAGUCACUUCCUGCAGCUGUUUCCCUGUGGGUCGGGUUGGACUGACUUUUGACAGUCAGCCUUCGGCUGCGGAGGGGGCUUGGCGGCGGCCAGCGAAGAAAGUUGCUCCGAGAAGAGGCUGGGUCGAGCUGGGACGAGCCGGGCGCGCAGGGCUGGCGUCGCGGGCGUCCCGGGCGGACGCGGCGCCGAGACUGCCGGCGCGUCCCGGGUGUUCCGAUUUGAAGACCUUGCUUCUCAUCACCCACUGGAUUAUGCCCAAGGCUUUCCUACCCAAUGAUCCUCUUGCAACACGCCGUGCUUCCUCCACCUAAGCAGCCCUCACCCUCGCCUCCUAUGUCAGUGGCCACCAGGUCUACAGGAACCUUGCAGCUUCCACCACAAAAGCCUUUUGGGCAGGAGGCUUCCUUGCCUCUUGCAGGGGAAGAAGAGUUAUCGAAGGGAGGGGAGCAAGACUGUGCCCUGGAGGAGCUAUGUAAGCCCCUGUACUGCAAACUCUGCAAUGUCACCUUGAACUCUGCACAGCAAGCCCAGGCUCAUUAUCAGGGUAAAAAUCAUGGUAAGAAACUCCGAAAUUACUAUGCAGCAAAUAGCUGUCCUCCUCCUGCUAGAAUGAGCAAUGUGGUCGAGCCUGCAGCUACUCCAGUUGUUCCAGUCCCUCCACAGAUGGGCUCCUUUAAGCCAGGAGGCCGAGUGAUCCUGGCCACAGAGAAUGAUUACUGUAAGCUCUGUGAUGCCUCCUUCAGUUCCCCAGCUGUGGCUCAGGCUCACUAUCAAGGGAAGAAUCAUGCCAAGAGGCUGCGGCUGGCGGAAGCUCAGAGUAACUCAUUCUCGGAAUCCUCAGAGCUGGGUCAACGGCGGGCCAGGAAAGAAGGGAAUGAGUUUAAGAUGAUGCCUAACAGGAGAAACAUGUAUACAGUACAGAAUAAUUCAGCAGGUCCUUACUUCAAUCCCCGCUCUCGGCAGAGAAUUCCACGUGAUCUGGCUAUGUGUGUUACUCCAAGUGGCCAGUUUUACUGCUCAAUGUGUAAUGUUGGAGCUGGCGAAGAGAUGGAAUUCCGGCAGCAUUUAGAGAGCAAGCAACAUAAGAGCAAGGUGUCUGAACAGCGGUACAGGAAUGAGAUGGAGAAUCUGGGAUAUGUAUAGUGAUUAUCAUAUUACGAUAGAGCAGCGUGUCCUGCCUGUUGUUUGCCUUUUGUCAACUUGCCCUGCUUUGUGGUCCUUUUGAUAUGAGUACAUUCCUCUCCUUAAUGUUAAUACAUGUAACCCUCAGUGGUACCAUGAGAUGUCAAAACCUGGGGGCCCGGGGGCGGGGCGGGGGGAGGCGGGUGUGAAGAAUGUGCUUCUUAGGUCAUAACGCUUUUGCAGGGUCAAUUGUGUUGAGCUGCUCAUAGCAUGUGACCUACCUACCCCAUCAGAAAUAACUUUUUAUCUUGCUCAAGUUCUGGUCAACUAGUAGCCUGACUGCUUAGAACUUUGACUAUUUAAAAGUUUCAUUUUCUUUUGCAAUUUUAGUUUUAUGUACUGUUAAAGAAUUGUAUUGAAUUCGUUUUAGAUCACAGUAAAAAUAGGUUGGCAGAGAUUUCAGUUUCCCAGGGCUUAACCAGAUUGGCCACCUCAAUGCAUUGUCAGUAGAAUACAUUAUUAGAAACUGUUAAGGUCUUUCCUGGGACAUUUUUUUUCUGCCAUUUUCUUUUGCAAUUGUAGUUUUAUGUACUGGUAAAGAAUUGUAUUGAAUUCUUUUUAGAUCAAAGUAAAAAUAGGUCAGCAGGGAUUUCAGUUUCCCAGGGCUUAACCAGAACCUCCACCUCAAUGCAUUGUCAGUAGGAUACAUUAUUAGAAACUGUUAGGGUCUUUCCCAGGACACUUUUUUUUCCUGUAUCAUGUCUCCCCAUCAUUGAAAUGCAAGUUUUUUUGAAUUCAAAUACUCCCAAUGAGCUUGUAUACUUCCAAACAACUAAACUUGAUUUCCAGUUGUGGAUUUCACACAUGUAAUUGCUGCCUUCUUCCCUCUUCUUUUUUCCCCCCUAGUUGAAUCAGCUUGUCUAACAAGCCCAUUUUUGUGCCCCAGCUGUGCUGUGGGUUUUCCAAGCCUCAUAUUUGAAUAUUCAAUGAGUUUAAGAUGGAUAUGAUUUUAAAAAAUAUAUUUUCCAGCAGAUUUUAGGAAACAAAGGUGUGUUUGAUUUUCCAAUUUAGAGUUACUUCUUCAUUGAUAGUAACAUGCGCUUAUAUCAUGAUCUAAACCAUAAGUUCAGAUUGCUUGAUAUUUUGUUUUGCCAGACUUUUUUGGUAAUCUGAUUCUUACACUUUACUUACAUUUUCCUCUGUCUUGCCAGUCUGGUGGCCAUCCUGAAAAAUAUCACCACCUGCUGUUUUAUACACAGAGAGGAAUUUUUUAAAAAGCAAAUAAAGUUUCACUAUCUUCGUUUCCAGUAGAAAUAUACACGAACUAUGGUUUUAUUCUUUGUAAUUUGGCUUUCUUGAAGAUACUAACAAGUAUAUGAUAGAUCACUUUGGCAUCUGCUAAUUAUAUCAGUAUUAUUAUUUUUGUUUUUUUGCGUUUAAAAUAAGAAGCUGUAUGAACCCAGGAGGUGGAGGUUGCAGUGAGCCAAGAUCAUGCCACUGCACUCCAGCCUGGGCGACAGAGCAAGACUCCAUCUCAAAAAAAAAAAAAAAAAAAAAAAAGCUGUAAUGUAUAUCCAGAUUAACUAAUGAAGUGCUCUGUGAAUAUUCAUUAACUACAUUUCAUCUAUUUACUAUAUUUUAUAUGGGUAAGACCAGUGGUCAUCCAUAUUUCUUUUGAAAGGCCACUUGAUCAGGAAAUUUGUAUUUUAAGCAGUAUAUUUGCACAAUGGUCAGUUCACAUUUGGUUGCUUGUAUUACUAAUUAGAGAUAAAACUUCUAUUUUUUCUUGGGAAUUCUUGUAGGCAAAUAGAUGAGGGAAGGCAAAUUACAAUCAUUCUUUUUCUGUAAUACUUUGGGACAAUUUUUAAACAACUCAGACCCAUGUUUAAAAACGAGUUUUGUGUGAUUAACCCUUGUGUGGUAUCCAGUUACUGUCUUCUGUUGAAGUGGUGGUUCUUUGAGAAGUAGAAUUAUUUUGUAACUUUUUUUCUCCCAGAAACAGAAGAAUCAAAUGCUAGUCUGUUAGGAUUCUGUCUAGACCUGUGAUUCUUAGUAUAAUCCUUUUAUUUUAUUUUUUUUGCAGUAAUCUAUAAAGUAGAGUUGCUUAGUUUUGAGCAAUUUAGGGCUUUUCUUAUUGGCCAGUAGGUUAUUCAUUUUGCUGCUAAGUAUAAUUUUUUGGUUAAUUUUAACAUUAUAGUGCUGGCCACUUGGUUCUAUGAUUACCCAAAAAUCUAGUUUUUUUCCUCUGUAGGUAGAUGUGUGUGUAUGCACACCCACACACACAAUGCACAUAUAUGUUGCCAUAGAGAGGUAUUUCAACCCUUAUUUCAAAUAACAGUAGAAGAAACGAACAUGAAUUUAUAUUUUUUAAAAAUGGCAUUCAUCCACUUUGUUUUCCAUUGGAAAUAGUUUUAAAAGAAUGGUUCCCCUUGCUCUCUCCACUUAAGAAUUUCAUUAUAUACAUAGAAAAAGCAGCAGACUUAAGGGCUUGAUGUUUUUUCAGGCCUUGUGUAUUCAGGUUUCCAGUUUCCCAGUGCCCUUAAUGGAUGUUAUGAAUGCAUAAACGCAUUUUCUUUUUAAGAAAGAAGUUAGAUUUAUAGUGUUAUUUCUUACUUGCUAUAUUUCUUUGCACUAAAAAAGAGCUAUGUGUUUGUUUUAUAUGACACUUUAGUACCGUAUUGCCUACAAUAACUCAAUUUGCUCCUUAAUUUCCAAACUCUGGGAAGUUGAUAAGUAACUUCCAUGAUCACUUGUAAAAGUUACAUGCACAUCUGAAAAAAAAAUCACAAAUCUCUAAGACAGUAGGUUGUGUUUUGAGCUUGUUACCUUGCAGUAUUCUUCUCUGUUCCAUAGGUGAAAACAAAGGGUGACAGAGGUUAUCAGGCAGGAAAUGCCUAAAUAGAUACAUCUCUGCAUGGUACAAUUUCUCAUAUUCAUGUAUUCCAUAGACAGUGUUUUUUCUCUGUUUAAGCAGACUGUUGUUUCUUCUGAGUCAGUGAUUUGUGAUCUUCGUUGGUUUCCUUUUGUGAAGCUCAGUCUGUCUCUGUAACAUACUUAGGAAUUACGUUAGUAUCUUUUUCUAUGCUGUCUUCAAGGAUGGACAGAGGCCUCAACAACAACAACAACAAAAAUUAGAAAAAAAACAUACUUAGAUUUCAGUAAUCAUCCAUAGGAACUCAUAGCAUCAGUCUCUUUUCUCUGUGAAUAAUAUCUUUGUGUCAGUUGUCAUAAAAAAUCAACGUUAGAAGAUGACAAUUAGAAUUCUUAGGUAUUGAGGGUAAGAAGUUGUAAAGAAAGAAAAUUCAUGUUUCAAUUAAAAGAUUGAAUUGCAUAUACCUUUGAAGUGGCUUUGUAAAAAAAAGUUCAGUUACCAAACUGAGUGUGCCCUGUAAUCCUUUUGAGUACACUGAAGAUGCUUUGAAAAUACUUUGUUGGUCUUGACUUUGUACAUCAUGUCCUGCAACUUGUAAAUAUGUGCAUGUUGUUUAUGUUUGUCUGCCUGUCUCUUAUUGUACUAAAUUCUGCAAGGUGAAUAAUUUUUUUAUACCAUUGAUUUGGGAAAAGUUCCUCCUCCAACUCUUCCUCACUAUUCACCUUUUAAUUAGUUGGUAAACUUAGAAAACCAGUUAGGAUUUUUGAAGCCCUGAGUUUAAAAGAAGAAUCAUGACUAUUUGACAUCAUCCUUACAUUCCCCUGACUUAAAAAGCUAACAAGAAGCAUGAGAUCUUCCACCUCGUUUUAGAAAGCUUUUCUGCAGAACUAUAUGCUUGCUUAUAGCUGCCUAUCUACGGUUUGAACAGGGAGAAAGGGAGGUAUGUAUGUCUGGUUACAUCUUCCUUCACUCCUGAAUUGGCUGGGACAGCAAGCAACAACAGUUUGAGGUCCAGUGACCUAUGUAAAAUGAGUGUCGUUUGUGUCAGGGGACACAUGUAACUGUGCGACAUGGUAUUUUCUACAGAGAGGGCCAGGAAGGGUGGUUUUGGAACCUAACCUACUUUGUGUCUUCGUUGUCAGAACUUAGGUUGGAAAUGCCCUCUAAAGAACUUGGUGAGGCAUAUACCAGGACAAUAGAGCUGCUUUAGAAGGAAAUUGAGACAUGUUUUGUCAGGACAGAUAAAAGUUUAAUGCAGGUUUUUGAACAGAUGUUUUAAACAAAAAUUCGACCUUACCAACUAUUUUUUUCUUCUAGCCAAAUCAUUGUACAGGAGUUUCUUAUAAGAUAAAAAGUGUUUUGUUAUUGUUUUUGCUUUCUUGGCAGGGGAGAACCCCUACCAUUGUGAGCUGUUACUGUCACUCUGGCUGAAUGGACAAAUAGCUGUGUAAAUAGCUUCUCAUAAAACAUUUCUACUGAUAGCUGUUUGACUUUUUCUUCCCAUUAUGAAUGGGAGGAACAUUUGUAAACUUCCUUUCUGGGUAGCUACCAAAAAACGUACUGGCUUAUGGUCCCAUGUGACCUUGUCUCCGUUAAGCCCAGAAUCUGAGUGCCUUUAGCAAGUGUUAGCAUUUCACAGAGAGAAGAGAUGACAGAAUUAUUGCUAUUAAUCACCAUUCAUAAAUAGGAGCUUGGAAUAACAAAGGUCUGUGUGAAUUCUGUUCUACAUCUUUUUUUCCCUUAAUGAAAUCUCUAUUUGAUAUCAAGUAAAGCUGUUGUCAUUAUUGACCAGAAACCAUACAUUCUGAAAAUGAAUCCAGUUGUCCCAAGCUGGCAGCAGUCAGAGAUCAUUUUUUACCUUGAUCUGUGUUGCAUUUGUACUUAGUGAAUGGCAGUGUGGUCGACUGGAAGAGCUUGACCCUGAUGUUUGGAAAAAUUCUUUAUUCUAGUGGUCAUUUUCAAACUUGUCUUCUGUAGAGAGGGUAAAAAUUAUGUAUUUGCAACUAAAGUGAAGAGACUGACACAGUAAUUAUUAAUUGUGUUAGUUCAUUUCUAUAUUAAAUGAAGCAUCUUCACAAAUCAGGUUUGAGGCCAUUCAAAGCAAAAUUUUCCCUAGUUUAAUUAAUUUAAAAUUUUAAAUUGCCUGACUACUUAGAAUCUUAGAAACACACUGCUAGACUAAUUUUAUUAUAGAAACGUUAACAUGUUCCUCAACAUUUUCUCAAGAAGAUUUUCAGACAUAUAUCAAAGUUGAAAAAACUUUGCAGUAUAACCACUGCUAGAUUCUGCCAUCAACAUUUGACUAUACUUGUAUUGCCACAUAUCUGUUCAUAUCUCCGUCCCUCUUUUCAUCCAUCAAUCCAUCGGAUUUUUUUUUUAAAGAACAUUCCAAAGUAAGUUUUAGGCAAUACACUGCCCUAAAUUCUUAGCAUGGGUGUCAUUAAUUAAGGUUUAGUAUUCGUUUAAAUAUCUAUUUUGAAAGUGGUGUAUGAAGUUGAUAAUCUGAGCCAAUUAACAUCCUUUUUUUUUUUUUCCUCCUGUGGACUUUUGUCUUCCAGUUUCUCUUCUUGUGUGUGCUUUCAAACACACGUUUAUUUUAGAAUUGGUCAUUUUUAAGUGCUUGUCAUAAACUUUAAAGUUUCAAUAUAAUUUUUCAUUUCCCCACUUCUGAUGAUGUAUUUUUGGCAAACUAUGCAGCUUCUUCAAAAAACUGUAAAUUACUGAUUGGGGUUUAUGAAAUCAGCGAAUACCUCAUUUCAAUCUGUUGCUGCUUUUCUCCCUCUUGUCACUUCUCCUUUCACUACUUUCAGCUGCUCUACCAGAAGGUAGAGGGGAGUAAAGGGUCAAACCCCUAUAUAAUUAGCUGUUUUAAACAACUCUAGGAGAACAGAUUAAGUAGCUUAGUAAGUUGAAAUUAUUAAUUUUUCUAAAGAAUUUGAUUUGAAUUCCUUGAGAAUUAUAAUUAUCCACACUUCCUCCAGCUAUAAUUAGCAGAAUCAAAAAUGAUUGUACUGUACAAUGAGUUGUUGAAAUUGUAAGCCUUAGUAACCAUCUUUAGCUUUACUGUAGUCGUGUUUAGAAAACUUUUUUUUUACAUAUGCCUUUAUUUUUAUGCCCACCUUUUGUGGAUAAAAUUCUUUAGAUAAAAUCUAAAGAAUUUAAGUGACUUUCUCCAGGUCAUGAAGAUUCAAUGGGUAGAAUUGAAUCAGAAUUGAAAUGUUCCGGAUUCAUAUUCUUGUGUGUGUUUGAUAAAAUUCAUGGCUUCCAAAGUAACUGAACACUUCCUUUGGGCCCUUGAAGGGAAAAUACAUAUUUUUACUAAUUACACUUUUGUUUUUGGACAUUUGGCAGUUCUUUGAACUUAAAGAUAUUCUCAUGGCUAUAGUUCCAAAUUAAGCCCAAUGCAGUUGCUAAAAAUCUUGCUGCACUGUUGAAUACUAAUAAUGCAACAUUUAUCGGAUUUUUUUGCAUUUUGAUGACCUUCAUGAUUCAUUUAUAAGUCUUUGUAAGUGCUUAAGUGACCCCCUCACUAGUGAAAAUAAUAAAUGUUCUAUAUCAUUUAUUAUUAUUUGUGUAUUCUCUACAUGAUAUAUUUUUUUAAGGAAAAGUAACUCCACAUGUCAGAAUGAGUGAUAUCCUAGGGCAAAGCGCAUGUAGAGCAGUUUAUUUCUACUCUGCAAAUAUGGCAUGUACAGUAACAAAACUCUUUUGGAGUGGCUGGUCAUUGUUUUGCCCUCUUUUGGUACCUGAGUACCUUUCUGGGGUUUUGUAAAUCGUGUGUCAUUUGUAAGAAUUUCACGUUAACUCUGCGUUACUUGGUGUUCACCUGUGGUAUCCUUGACUGACCAUAAUGAGUUAGUUUGGGUGUGAUGGGUCUGCUUGGAAAUGCCUUACUGGAGUAUGUCAGAUCCUGCUUUAAAGCAUUCCAUAUAUCUGCUGGGACAAUAAGUUGCUUCUCCUUGGAUAUAUGCUCUAGAUUCAGAAGCAAAACUGAUUUUGCUUUCACCAUUAAGGUUGCAUUUUAAUGCAGUUAUUGUUUUAAAUUAGAGAAUAAAAUGUAAAACCAAGGGAGGCUUUAGAACCCUUCAUUGAAUGGCAUGGCAAACUUUUAAAACUGCUUUUGCUAUUUCACUAGAACUAUCUUUGGUAAAGGAUAUAGCUAAAAAAUGUGAGCCCAAACUGUGUGUAAUUAGGGUUUUUUAUUAACGUUUUCUCUAAAUGUCAUACAGGGGCUUAAGAUCUGUGUAUGCUGUUGGGUCAGAGUGCCAGUCACUGCUUUGGAAGUCUGUGUUCUGGGGCUACAGAAUGACAAACGUGUCAUGGGAUUAAAACCAAUCAACUGUGAAUUGUGAAAUUGAAACUACUCUUUCGGUUUUAUUUUCUUUAGCAUAUUGAGUAUAGAAAUCUGAAACUUAUUUAAAAUUUAUACUGCUUUUGUUGAUGGCUCAUUUUGGCUGUGUAUCCUCACUUAUGUACUGAUUUCUGAUAAAGGCUUGACAUUAUUAUAACAGGCAUUUUGUGUUCCAGUUUAAUAAAACGGUUUCUGAGUCUUGUCUGAAAA